AUGCAUGUCAAACAUUUAGACAGUUGUCAUUGUGGUGCAGUGAAAUUUGAAGUUGAAGCACCAGCUGAUUUAUGUGUAUUUCGUUGUAAUUGUUCUAUCUGUCGUAAAAAACAAAACAAUCAUUUUAUAAUACCAAAGCGACAAUUUGUUUUAUUAACUGGUGCCGAUUAUUUAACAACAUACACAUUUAAUACUAAUAAAGCGCAACAUUUAUUUUGUCGUCAAUGUGGUGUACAAAGUUUCUAUUCACCACGAAGCAAUCCUGAUUGUUACGGUGUUAUGCCACAUUGUAUUGAUUCACCGACGAUUAAAUCGAUUAAAUAUACUGAUUUUGAUGGUGAAAAUUGGGAAAAAUCUAUGAAUAAAUGUAUUGAAAGGGGAGAAGAAAAUCCAUUUGAUAUUAAAUAA